AUGGAAGAGGAAGAAAAAAUUCUUGAAUUCUGGAAGGAAAUCGACGCUUUUAAUACACAAAUAAAUUUAUCCAAUGGCAAACCACCUUACUCGUUCUACGAUGGCCCUCCGUUCGCAACUGGACUUCCUCAUUAUGGACAUUUGUUGGCCGGUACUAUCAAGGAUAUUGUCACUCGUUAUGCAACUCAGACUGGUCAUUAUGUUGAACGUCGUUUUGGUUGGGAUUGUCAUGGUUUACCUGUUGAAUAUGAAAUUGAUAAAAAAUUAAAUAUCAAGGGUAAGGACGAUGUUCUAAAAUUGGGAAUCGACAAAUACAAUCAAGAAUGUAGAAGCAUUGUGAUGCGAUAUUCAGGAGCUUGGCGAGAAACUGUGGAACGUAUUGGCCGUUGGAUUGAUUUUGAUAAUGAUUAUAAAACCUUAAAUACCUCUUUUAUGGAAAGCGUUUGGUGGGUAUUCAAAGAACUAUAUGAAAAAAAUCAAGUUUACCGUGGUGUAAAAAUAAUGCCAUUUUCUACCGCGUGUACGACUCCACUUUCGAAUUUUGAGGCUGCUCAAAAUUAUAAAGAUGUCAAUGAUCCAGCUAUUGUCGUCUCUUUUCCUUUGGUCAAUGAACCGGAUGUGCUUCUUUUAGCAUGGACAACAACCCCAUGGACAUUACCUAGUAAUUUAGCCCUCUGUACCAACCCUAAUUAUGAAUAUAUCAAAAUUAAGGAUGAAGUUUCCGGGCAUAUAUAUAUUCUUUUGGAGAAAUGUCUAAAUAUUUUAUAUAAAGAUCCCAAAAAUGCAAAAUACGUCGUAUUGGAAAAAAUCCUGGGAAAGGAUAUGAAGGGGUGGGAAUACAUCCCUUUAUUUGAAUAUUAUGUUCCUAAGUUUAAAGGAAAAGGAUUUAUUGUAUUAAAUGAUACAUAUGUCACAGAUGAUAGUGGUACUGGCAUUGUUCACCAAGCGCCAGCUUUUGGUGAAGAUGAUCAUCGUAUAUGCCUCGAAAACAAGAUUAUUACUGAAGAUGGUUUUCUUCCUUGUCCUGUCGAUGAGCAAGGCUUAUUUACUUCAGAAGAUGCUGAUAAAAAUAUUCAAAAACUUUUAAAGCAAAAACAUCGAUUAAUCAUUCAAUCUCAAAUUAAACAUAAUUGGAAUGUUUCUCGUAAUCGAUAUUGGGGUACUCCAAUUCCUCUAUGGAUUAUUUGUAUUGGUUCUUUAGCAGAACUCGAGGAAUUGUCCGGUUGUGAUAAAUUAACAGAUAUUCAUCGCGAUAAAAUUGAUCAUAUUACCAUUCCUUCAAAAAAAGGAAAGGGCCCAUUAAAAAGGGUGGAAGAACCAUUGAGAUUUAAAGAAGAAGGUGUCAAGGAAGUUAUUGCCAAGGAUACUGGCAUAGAAUUUAAAUACAAUCCAGUUGCAAAGAAAUCCGAAAAUGUUAUGGAUAGGUGGAUAUUGGCAUGUACUCAAAGUCUUAUUAAGUUUGUACGUGAGGAGAUGGAAG